AUGAGUCCGGCAAAGUUGGCGCAACUAUGGUCUCGCGAUGUCGUGAAUGACAUCCAGUCAGUGCCCUCAACCUUUUCCAGCUGGGACAAAUGCAUGAGUAAGGCCUAUUGCAAAUGGCCUGUGAUUGCUGGAAUCAUCAUCGGGGCCGUCAUCCUCAUCUCUAUCGUUGGGUGUAUUAUCAACUGCCUAUGCUGUGGCUACCAAUGCUGCAAAUGCUGUUGCGGUUGCUGCUGUCCCUCUGGUCGGCGUAGGGAUAAACAGCCGAAAUACUACGACGAGUCCGCCCCGUAUCAACCACCGCCGCCCCAGAAUCCCCACACAGCAUAUCAGCCGUCCCCGGCGCCCCCCGUUUAUCGCAGUGGUAGUCAAACUGCUACUUUCGAAACAAGUUCGAAAUCGCCUGCGGUCAAUGAGGAUGCUCUCCCCGCCAUGCCCACAUGGGCUGCGGCAGUUGAGAAACAUGUCGAGGACAAAACUCACCAUAAUGAGAUGGAAAUGGAGCCCUUGAACCCGUCGCAGAAUCAUCUGGACCGGAAUCAGGGCGCUUCUGCAUUGCAUGCCACCCACGCAUACUCAGAUGGACUGCCAGACCGUUCGAGAUCCAAUGUAGGGUAUGCCGCGGUGUCACCUCAUGACCCUUACGCCCGACGAUCCCCUGGUCCAGCCACUAUAUUGAACACCGGGGAAGAUCCCCAUGGUAAUCACGCACCUGGAAAUGACAUGAUGGCCACCGCUUACGGCGCUGAUCCUUAUGCGCGAAAAUCCCCAGGUCCCCAGGCGAUGAUGGAUCCCUACGGCCGCCGCUCUCCAGGCCCAGCAGCGGCCUACGGUGCCACCCAGGACCCUUACGCUCAUCGCUCACCAGGCACGACAUCUCCACUGACUGGGGACGUCUCCGCAUACGAUCAUCAUAGCUACAAUCAGCAAGACCAUCGGCAGCAAGGCUACAGCCAGCCGAGCUACGAACAGGCCGUGUACAAUCAUCAGGCCUACGAUGAUCGCCACCAGCAGCCAUACGACGACCAUCGUCAAAAUACCGCUUACCGUGGCGCCGUGUCCACCACUUCUGCCGCGGCAUACCAGACGCCGCCAGCAGGCAAUCACAUGGCAUCAGCUCAUGCCACUUCCCCAGAGCAGAGACAUCCCGAUCCUGCAAUGGGCGGCUUCCAUCGCCAACCUUCUUUUGGGUCAAAUCAAUACCCACCAACGUAUACUUCCCCCCCAGUCUCACCUCCGCCGCCCUUCCAAUCUGCAGCUCCGUCGGAAUACGGGGUCGCGCUGGGCGAGUCUUCUCGCGAGAGACCGCCUAGUCUGUUGCAGAGUGGACGGAAGCCUGUCCCGAACACAUACCGGAAUGUAUAA